AUGUCUUUUGUGCGCGAAACUACGAUCAUAAACAAAACGACACGGCAGAACUUGAUCACAUUGGUCGGGAAAGUACUGCAAGAUGCCUCAACGGAUCGACGAGAUGUGUGGUCGACUGACCUCGACAAGGACUAUCGGAAAGGAAACGUGCUCUCCAAUGGACAAUUUGGAAUGGUCGUUUCGGCUUGGUGCAAGGAACAUAAUGGAAGAAUGAACGAUGAGCAACGAUCAUGCGUGCUGAAGAUUCGACACGUGGGACGUUGUGUUGAUCAGAUUCUCGAAUCGGCCGUUGACGAAAAAACAGCGGAGCAAAACGUCCAGGGUCUAGUAAAACGAAUGGUGAUCGACGUCUAUUUGAUGGCCCGUGUUCGGCACGCAAAUCUUGUGCAUCUUCACGCUUUAUCAAUUGGCUUGGGAGAUGUGACUUUCGUGCUUCCUCAUCUCUACUGCCUCGAAACACUCAUUGAACAAUGGCGCGUGAAGAUGAAUGGAGAAUCGAUUCCGGCUGAAAUUAUCAUGCGAAUUAUACGACAAAUCUGCAUUGCUUUGCAGUUCCUUUCUAGUGCAAAAAUCUUUCACCGAACAAUUCAAGCUGAUCACAUUUAUCUCACUCGCAAUGGUACGGUGAAAUUGGGACAUUUUAGCGCUGUUAAGUUAACGGAAGACAAGUCACAAUGUGUGACACCAGUCGGAAGCCGUGAAUACAUGUGCUUUGAAAAGCAGUUCAACUUGUGCGAGGCAGAGACUCGUGAAGCUUGCAUGAGCUACGAUGGAGCCGCUGAUGUUUGGGCGCUUGGAGUCGUAAUCCUCCGUAUGAUCUCUUUCUUUCCUAAUGAGCAAUGGCAACGUCUUCAACCCAAUUUUGCUUACACAAUGUAUCAAGAGCGAAUGCCCUUUAAAUGGAUUAUUGCUGAUUUGACGCAAUUGCGAGUCCGUAUGCGAAAAGCAGCAAGCGGGGUCGAUCUUUGUCGAUGGCUUUCGGAGAAGGUGUUCACCAUUAAAGCUGCAAAACGGUGUACACCUGCCCAACUUCUUACUUCAAAAACGUUGAAGAAAUUUUGCAGUGCCACCGUCAAACAAGACAGUAAAUAUCUCUACGAUCGACUUAUCUGUAUUCUUGACUGGCCAAACCGGGAUCGUCUAGAGACAAAUCGGGCUAACUACGAUUGCCUUGAAUCGAAAGACAUUCCCGCUGAAUUUUAUUGGGAUGAUUGUGGAACAUGGAAGCUAAUCGAGAAGGCUAUCUUCGAAUAUCAAGGAAAGAUUCACCGAGAGCUUGCCGUUUUUAGUGGUCAUUUUCUCUUCUCCGAGUCGCAAGCACUUCUGUAUCAGCUGAGUCAAUUCGUGGCUGAGGGCCGUUUUUACUGGAGCGAUGUACUUCUCAUUGAUGGAUUAAUUCGCCAAAGAGCCUCUGAAGCAAUGCGAGAUCAUGUCGAAAGCCAGCACGUUACUUUUUCUACACGCUCAGGCCAGCCAACCAUGAUGCCGCGCUGGGGUCCAUACCAGCAUCGGGAAUGCUCGAUUGAAGUACGCAUUUUGGGAUUUAACGAA